GUUAAGUGAACGUGUCGAAUCGAUGUUCAUGUGCAUAGAGCUUCAGUGCUCCCGAAAGUGAUCGCUGAAUACCCAUUUGAGUUUUCCAACAGUUCUCUGCUCAUUAAUUUUGUUCAUAAUUUUUCUUUUUUUUUUGCUAUAUUUCUCUCAUAAAAUGUCGAUUGUUGAAAUUGAAACUCAAGUCUACGAUGGCCAAAAACCGGGCACUUCGGGUCUCCGUAAAGCGGUGAACGUAUUUCAACAAGAACAUUACACCGAGAAUUUCAUCCAAGCAAUUCUGACCGCUCUCGGAGAUCAACUGAUCGGCUCAACUCUUAUCGUCGGUGGUGAUGGACGUUAUUACGUAAAACAGGCCGUUGAAAAAAUUAUACGUAUUGCAGCCGCUAAUCGGGUGGGAAAAUUGAUCAUAGGCCAAAAUGGAAUAUUGUCGACACCGGCAGUCUCUACUCUAAUUCGCAAAUAUAAAACUCAGGGUGGCAUUGUCCUCACUGCAUCACACAAUCCUGGCGGACCAGAUGCUGAUUUUGGUAUCAAGUUCAACUGCGACAAUGGAGGGCCAGCCCCAGAUAACGUGACAAAUGAAAUUUAUGAGCUGACAAAAUCACUCAAAUUUUACAGAACAGCCCCUGAUAUCAACAUUGAUAUUACAAAAAUACAAACUCACAGAUUAAUAUUGGAUGGAAAACCUUUUAUCGUUGAUAUUAUUGAUUCUGUAGAUGAUUAUGUGGCGUUGAUGAAGGAGAUAUUUGAUUUCACGAGCAUAAAAAUGCUUCUACAGGGCAGCAGUAGCAGACCUAAGUUUCAAAUACUCAUUGAUUCUCUCCAUGGAGUAACUGGCAUAUACGUAAAACGUAUAUUUGGCCUUGAGCUUGGUGUUGACGAUGCUAGUAUGGUGCACGCGCAACCCCUCGAAGAUUUCGGUGGUCUCCAUCCAGAUCCAAAUUUGACUUAUGCAGCAGAUCUUGUGAACACUGUACGGGAUGGUACUCACGAUAUGGGGGUGGCUUUUGAUGGCGAUGGAGAUAGAAAUAUGAUAAUUGGGAAAAAAGCAUUUUUCGUUACACCGACAGACUCCGUUGCUGUGUUGGCAGCUCAUCUGGAUAUCAUACCAUACUUUCAAAAUACUGGAAUCAAGGGAUAUGCAAGAUCGAUGCCAACCGGUGCUGCUAUAGAUCGUGUGGCUGCUGAAAAAAAAGUCGAAUGCUUCGAAGUGCCCACCGGAUGGAAAUAUUUCGGAAAUUUGAUGGAUGCUGGCCGGUUGUCCCUUUGUGGAGAAGAGAGUUUUGGCACUGGUUCCGACCAUAUUCGAGAAAAAGAUGGGAUCUGGGCGGCUUUGGCGUGGCUGAACAUCAUUGCUAAACUUGAUAAAUCGAUCGAAGAGAUUUUGAAAGACCAUUGGAAUACUUACGGUCGAAAUUUUUUUAUCCGAUAUGAUUAUGAGAAUUGUGACAUUGAGGAGGCAAGUCAUGUGAUGGCUGAAGUCGAAGCGAAGAUUCAAGAUCCAAGUUUCAAAGGCACUAAAUUGAGCUCCGGUAAUAAAGUUUACGUGGUUAGAGAAGCUGAUAAUUAUUCGUAUAAGGACCCCAUAGAUGGAAGUAUCGCCACGAAGCAGGGGUUACGAGUUCUUUUUGAAGAUGGAUCACGUGUGAUUUAUCGGCUAUCUGGCACUGGGAGUUCGGGUGCAACUAUUAGAUUAUACGUUGAAAGUUACGAGUCUGAUCCCACAACUUUUGAUAAAGAUACACAAGAAGUACUGAAGCCUCUUAUUGAUAUUGCUCUACUACUGGGAAAAAUUGAAGAAUUUACUGGUCGCAAUGCUCCUACAGUCAUCACAUAAAUCGUUCCCCGACUCAAUCUCUCAUUAGCUUGGUUUCCAUAUAGUCUUCCUCCAACAACUCUUGGAUUUCCCCUAGUCAAGUGGUAAAACUCAAUCAGCCAAACUUAAUCAGACACAAUAGGGAGAAAGCUGGUUCAUUGCAUAACAAAUACCUAAUAAAGAAAGUUCCUCGCCAUUUGCUGCUGAAACAAUUUUCCACCAAAAUUGAGCGAUAAUGGAUAAACUGUGGAAAAUAUUAUAUUUUACCAAUAUUCUGUUGAAAUAAUAUACUUUCUCAUAUUUGCUCCCCCGGUAUACUUUAGAAAUGUCCAUCAUAUUGAGAAUCUUCACAAAUCUAUAAUAGGGAGUCCAAUCAUGGAGCACUUUUACAUUUUUACAAAUUCGUCGAAAAGUAUCAUGGCAGAUUUGCUUUAUUGUUCUUCAUGGAAGAGUCAUAUUAUUUAAAGGUUGUAAUUUCAGGUAUAUUUGUGAGGAAUAACCAUAUGAUAUUGAAUAAUGAAAAUUGUACAAAUAUUAGAAAAAAAUAGUACACUACUAGCGCUGAAAUGAAAUUUAAACAAACGGUGUAAAAAAAGUUGAAAAUAUAUUUCAUGCAGAUAUGGUGGAGUGGAUAAAGACGGCACUCUUCGAUGCAUAUGAAUGUCGAGGAAUGGUAUAAAGACAUUUUGAAUAGUUAA